AUGGCACGCUGCUUCUGCCGCUGGCGUGUAAUGCUAAUCUGCAUGUGCAUGCCGUGCAUCCUCCUGGUCCUGCUGGUUGCCUACGCCAACGUCAUGUUGUGUGCCGUCAUGUACAAAACAGUAGAGCUACCGUCUCUUCACUUUGUGGCCCCGGGGACUUUAAACAACAAGUCCUUCGGCCCGCUCCCUCAAACUUUCUGGGACUUUGGCCAGCACGGGGACGCCAUUUGGAACCGUCUCCAGCUGACCGUGGACCGCUAUUUCAACCCCAUCCUGCGGCCCAACGACACCAGGGCGGGAUUGGAAAACGGCACCAUUCAUGAGUCCCCUACGGAAGCAGGGGUUCUCACCAAGUUGGACAGUGUGGGGGAGAACCUCCAUCAGCUACCGCAGCAGAUCCAAGACUUUGUGAAGCACAUGCACAGGAGAGACUACCCGACCCUCAUCCAGCCAGACGGCGUAUGCGGAGCCGGGGAAAAGGAUGAGAGGGAGGCCCCGCUCCUUCUACUGGCCAUCAAGUCAACAGAGCUGGGUUUUAAGAACCGGCAGGCCAUUCGUCAGACCUGGGGCCGGGCAGGAUGGGUAGCGGGACAGGGUGGGAGCGCUACAGGAGGAGGAGGAGGCGGAGGAUACAUCCGCAGGGUGUUCCUGCUCGGAAAUGCGGUUGGGGAUUCAUCGGAGUCUCUGCAGAUGGAGAGCAAGCAUCAUGGAGACAUUCUGCAGUUGGACUUCAGGGACACGUUUUUCAAUCUCACCUUGAAAGAUGUGCUCUUCUGGAGCUGGUUCUCCCGCUCGUGCAACCGGACUGUCUUUGUCCUUAAGGGGGACGACGACGUCUUUGUCAACACCCCGAAAAUGAUUACGUACCUCCAGGACCAGCUGAGGAAGCCACAAGCACACAAGAUCAUUGAAGACUUCAUGAUUGGGGAUGUGAUAAUUGCAGCUUUACCGAGCCAAGAAAGAAAGUCAAAGUACUUCAUCCCAGGCAGCUUCUACAAAGGAAUCUAUCCAGUGUAUGCGGGUGGUGGAGGGGUGGUGUACUCGGGCCUGUUGACCAGACGCCUACACCACAUGUCGAAAAGGGUCCACCUGUUCCCGAUCGACGACGUUUACGUGGGGAUGUGUAUGACCCGGCUUAACGUUCAGCUGGUCCACCACCCUGCUUUCCUCACGUUUGGCUUCCCUACUGAGACAGAGGAGAAGCAGCCAUGUUCGUAUCACACCAUCCUAUUGGUCCACAAGCGAAGCCCCUCCCAGUUGGUUAAACUGUGGGCCGAGAUGAAAAUGACCCAGGCUCAAUGUAGGGAUGCGACCCUGAGAAAAUGUGAAACUUUUACGACCAAAACUUUUCGACCAUCCAAAGUUUGUUGA